AUGCGCCCGCUAAAAAGGGAAACGCCGAAAACUGUCGAAGCCGAAAAGAAUCCUGCCCGGCGGCCCGAUGGGCCGAUUCGUCUAAAAUGUGGAAGGGGGGGGGGAAGGAAGUGAAGGCUGAGAGGAAUGAGGGGCAAAAACGGAAAAUUGGAUCCGGCGACGAAUCGCGAAUCCAGUGUUCUCCCGUCCGUCGCUCGAUCUAGUCCUGCGCGCCCGCACCGGCAUAUAUGUGUGUGUGUGUGUGCAUGCGAGUGUGUGUGUGUGCGUGCGUGUGUGUGUGUCCUCGUGUAUGUGUCGUGCGUGUGAGCGAGUGAAUGUGUGUCCGUGUGUGUCCGUGUGUGUUUGUCCGUGUGAGUUUCUAGGAUAAACGGCCGCCAAGGUGCGAUCAUUGCCAUCACAUACGCGGCACAAAAACGCACACCCACACACACACACACCCAUCCACAGAGAGCAAAAGUGAUGCUGCCCGGCGCGGCACCGCAUCCUUAGCUAGGUGGGUGGUGCGGGCGGUGAGGUUCUAGCGCACCGCAUGGCGCUUGGUGCACGCUUGCGUCCCACACCACACAAUCACACAGCGUCACCGUGCCGAAAGGACUGGAGGAGUCAAGUGCAGUGAUUCAACAAAACCCACGGCCAGCGAGACAGAGAGAGAGAGAGAGACAGAGAGAGAGAGAGAGAGAGAGAGAGAGAGAGAGAGAGAUAAAAAAAAGCAAAGCGAAGCGGCCACAGCGCCCCGCACUCGCCCGGCCUCUGAUUACAUAAAUAAACAUGGUGGUGGCCACGGUUUGGCACGGCAAUAUAAGCAAACGGUGUUGGACCAUGCGCUCGCCCGGUGAGGCCGAAAUCUUGUGAAGGAAAUCUCCAAUUCUACGUCAACGCGGAACGCGUGGUGCACGAGAGACAGACCAGACUGUGUGUGAGCGAGAAAGAGAGAAAAGAGAGAGAGAGAAGAUUUCGCAUCAACGCGAGAUUAACGCGACGCGAGAGCAGCAUCAAAAGCAGCAAAAGAGGUGCGAAAACCCCUCUGGCGAAAGGAGAGUGCGGUUUAUAUUUCUGUUUCUUUCCUUCCUUCCUCUGUGUCACGGAUGUCACAGUAGGCGCAGCUAGCUACUAAGCGGCAACGGCACACACAACUCUAGCACGGUACGCGGUACCCGUGGGACCAGAGAGUGAGUGCGAAAAAGUGUCAUCAAGGCUGCUUGUGUUUUGCUCCUCUGAUUGUGCUGGCCAUUGGCCUCUCGCAAACCUCCGCACACCGUCCGCACAAAACGUCCGUUCGGUUAUCAGUGAAGCAGCCCGAGCAGCCGAGAGUGUCGCGAGCGCCGAUGGAGGCGGCCGCGUGCUAGAACCGCCGCUCAGGUGCUGUGUGCCAGUGUGCCAGUGUUUUCUGCAGUGUGUGUGCGCGCGCGCUCGUGUGUGUAUCUGUGUGUGCGUUGACCAGCAGGACAUUAGACCGGUCGGAGCAGCAGGCGCUAGAGUACGCUGCAGUCACGCGUUGAACGCGAACGGAAGCGUUUGGGAUAAAGCCGCUGACUGUUCGCCGGGCUCGACGGAGUGAUUUUGUGCGCCUGUGUGUGUGUGUGUGUGUGUGUGUUUGUACACGGGGCGUUCGCUCCGGGUGUUUUUCGCUGACCAAAACACUUAACACUUCCCCUCCCCCCGCACGAGCUUCGCACAGCGCACGGUGGAGCCGACGACGCCGACGGUCGAACCGGUGGCGAUGGCCCCGGACACGGUGCCGGCCGUGCCGGCUGCCGAGGUGCAGCCGGACGGCGGGUCGCCGGCCAGCGAGUCGCCGGCCACGCUGAUCACCCAGGUGCAGCGGAUGCUGACGCCGCCGGCCGACCUGCUCGAAUGGAAGGACAUGCCGCAGCACCUGCAGUUCAACCCGUACGUGCUGACCGGCUACCGGCCGCUGCAGGGCGUCAAGGGGUGCCUCAGCAGCCUGUUCUACGUGCACAACGAAACCAUCAAUAUUCUCACACACGGCAUUCCAAUUGUCUACAUCCUCGCAACAGUGCCGGCAAUGAUGCCAUGGGAGAAAGACUAUCGCUUUCUGUCGUGGUGUCAUCUGGUCGGUUCCGUUGCACCGUGGUGCGGCAGCUUCGUCUACCAUCUGUUCAUGAACCUGGAGAACGGCGAGGGCAUCUACUAUCGGCUGCUGCAGCUCGACAUGCUCGGCAUCUGGAUUAGCCAAAGUUUCGGAGCGCUACCGAUGGUAACGGCAACGGUGUACUGUUUAAACUUUCCAUUAAAAUGGUUGCUCAUCAUUUCCUACUCGCUGCUGUGCAUUUGGGGCCUGUUUAAGGCAAUGACGGCAUCCUCGCCCUGGCAGCGACGGUUAUGCUUUCUGCUGCCGUUCAGCAUGCGCAUCAUACUCACGUUGCUGCGAAUCUCGAAGCUCGGCGGCGGAAAUCCUACCUCACUCACCCACGUCUUUCUGCAGGACGCCGUGUCAGCCGUGGGUGGAGUAAUUGGAGCGAUGCAUAUCCCCGAGAAAUGGUUUCCCGGAAGUGUUGACAUCUAUUUGAACUCGCAUAACAUCAUGCACGUCCUGGUGGUCGUCGCCGUCUACUCCAUGCACCAGGCGACCAUACGCGACAUCGAGUGGAUGCAGCGGGCAGAAUGUAAUGGGCUUAACUAUACCUCAACGCUGAACAUAGACUCGAUCAACGGGUCCCACCUGGAGCUAUGACUUGUGCCAGCAAGAGUAGCAGAAGCAGUAGCAGCAGCAGCAUCUACAGCAACAGUAGCCUGCCGCAGUGGGCGUUACUGGUGCAGCCUGCCGGACAUCACGUGCCCGGCCCGUCGUCAAUUUGGUGUUUGCGAAGCGUCGCACCGCCCGCAAAUCGGUACACGAUACGUUUGAGGGUGCCCUUGAGGAAGCGGCAUCUGAGAUAAGCUAAUUAGAACCUGCCCGUUCGUUCAGCAUAACCUGCAAAACAGCAACGGGGAAAAGGAUCGGGGUUCGGGGCAGGCAGAGCUCAGUGCGCAGACCUGCCCGCCGUUGGGCUAAUGGAAUUAAGGGCGACGAAACGUUGGGGCCAGAUCAAUCGGGCACCUGACGUUAAGACAUUACAACACACAAUACGUGCGACACUCAUUCAGGCUUCCUCAAAGUACACCUACACUCACAUACACACACUUAGAUACGUAUUUUUCUUGACACACUUCUACGUCAGCCAGAAAGGGCGGAAAGCGAGCAACAGCCUAAACCAAAAAAAAAAACGAAAAAGAAAAGAAAAACAACCUAAGAAAGCUAGCUUAAACAUUCUACUCCCCAAGCACUCGUGCAAGCUUGCCAAUGCCAAUGCUGGUGCAGUAACGGUACCAAACCCCCCCCCCCCCCCCCCCCCCAAGAAUAUACGGCCUCGGAACAGCGCUUCCCUCUUUAUAUUAACCGUACUGCACCAAAGGAAGAACAGCCAAGAAUGCUGUGGACACUUCCAACCGCGAAGAUACCGGACAGCCCUUACCUUGUUUCCUGGUGUGUCCUUUCUUCCUGUACUAGUAGCACACGCGAUGUUCCGAUACGCGAGUGAUCGAGUGAGGUGCCUGAACGAGAAUUUGUAAUUAAUAAAACACACACAACACACGUACUGGUGCGCGUGUUGUGGCGGGAUGUGCGCCUGCGAUACCCUGACAUUAGUGCAACGCACCAAAUUUCGACGAAACAACAAACGCCACAGUGAGGUUACUAAGCUCAACACUCGAACGCGAUCGCGCGAUACUAAUCGUCUCUUUUGCCUCUCAUCCGGUCCCUCUCUCUCACACACACUAUUCCAGGUGCAUCUACCUGCAGUGAAGAGUAAUUGUAACGCUCCGGUAGUAUAACAAUAUGGCGGAAAUUUUGAGAGCGUCGCGUGUGCUUAAGGGUGAAUCGCGCACACGCUGCCCGAGUGUGAUGCACGAGGAUAGUAUUUCCUACUUGCUACCUAUUACCAGUAGAUAGAACAAAAUUGAGACAAUUCAUGGCGUUGGCUAGGUCUAGUGGUAACGUGCUGCGCAGCACACCACGUAGCCCCCGCCAGGGGCCAUACGGUUGAUAAGCAUUAUUUAAAGCAAGGGAAAGAAGAAACGUAAACGCAUUACCAGUUGGAGAAAGCGUUCCGCAAUCCAGCAUACGGCAGCAGCUGGCCUGAUACGGCAGGUGUACGACUUGUUUUGUUGCUCGUUCCUUCGGUGCCGAUUUGUGCGGGUUCACACCUCGUGCGCAACACGCGCACUGGCACGGUUCCGCGUAGAGCUUUCGUUAGAGUUACUUUUACUUUCCAACGGUUCCUGUGGUUCGUUGAGCCAAUCUGCUCAAGCGGCAAGAUACAAAACACACACACCUACAUGUACUAGUCCCGGGAAACGAGUGCUUGUGGUAAAGAGGUGCCAUCCUUCGUUUAUCGUACCUUUUGUUUUAACCGUAGGAAUACUAAACUAUGAAACUGUUACGAAAGGCUGUUUAAGUAUUAAUUUUCCCAGAUUGCUCUAGCGUUUAAGUAAGUAGACUUACGAUACCGUAGCAACAACACAUGGAGCUGUUGCUGUGCUUAGCAAUUAUAUAUAUAUAUAUUGAAGAACAAACAAAAAACACUCAGAAUAGCUAAUGAGAAAAAUCACCACCACCACUACCACAAAUAAUACACAGUAUCUUUCUCUCCUUCUGUCUAUUUUUCUAUCACCCGUAGCCUGGAACCCCUGCUCCGAAACCGAAACCGAAACCGUUCUACUAUUUACUAUUUUCGUUUACUAUUUUCGUUUUAAUUUACGUUCCACUUAGUGAUUCGGUAGUGAUCGUUGAAAUUGUUGAUUUUUAUUUGCAAACAUUAAUUUCCUAACCAAAGUCAAAGUAUCAUUCGCAUUGAAGGGGGUUCUCGGUUCUGUACUCAGCCAAUCUAAGUGUGUUAAAAAGAUAUCUGUCCCCACUUUGGACUAUCUUCGAGCCGAUGUGAUCGCUAACCUUAAACCUCCACUAAACGACAGCUUUAUUAGUAUCUAUUAGAUCAAGUACAGCUAGAUGAACCUUUCUUCUAUGCACCCUAAAUAAUACAGAGUGAACACACAAAUUUUCCCUAUCUCUUUCUUUCUUUCUCCCUCUCCCUAUCUCACUUGAAGAGUCUUUUCUUUCUGUUCCUCAAAGCAGAUGAGGUACUUGCAGGUGCGUAACACGCAAAGGCUCUACGCGCAGUUCCCUGUAAGAUCAUAUGUUCCAUAUUUUACAUGCCAUCACUCCCUUUCCCGCAUUUCAGUUUUCGGGAGCGGCAUUCCGACCAGGUGACCAGGAACGGCAUACAUGCGUACACUUCUUUAGCGAAACAAUACAAGCAAAACUAGAAAGGCAAAUCCACCCCAGAACACUACUGUGCAAUGUGAUAUUAUAUUUUUCGCGCUUUAAAGUGUUUGAUAGGUUUUUCUCUCUCUGGGCAGAAUAAGCGGAAGAAAUAAAUGGGAAGGAAUACAAUUUGCGAAACCAAUGUCACAACAAUGUGUGCUGCGAUGCUUGCAUGCGCUUUCGACACGCAGGGUACGCAAAAGCAUCGCGUAGAGUUUGAAGGCAUCAGCAAAGCUGUGGGCAAUAAGGCGUGUUGCGUGAGCACCACCUUAUUUCCGAAACUGCGCGUUGCAAAACGGUAACCUACUAGAAGAAACAUACAAAACAAACAAAAAAUCAAUUAAGCUGUAUAACUGAGCUUUCGGCGGACCAGGAUCCGUAUCCCGUCUAUCGUAGAUAAUUUUCCAAAAUUCCGAAAGGCGAAAGGCAUCGCUGCCGGGCGUCACCGCGUGGCGUGUGAAGUAGCUUAACGGUUCCGUUGUGAGUUCACCUUCGCCAGACGAGCGGUCCUACAGACGCUUUCCGUUUAGGGUGAUGUUGGGGAUACUGGCUCGUCCAUGCACUGCGUAAUCUGUAGUAGUUGCAGUUUAUCACGAUCUAAGGUACUGUUUGCUUCCUUCCGCGUUAUUUGUAGCAAAUCCAAAAAAGAAGGUGAAGAAAAUAAACACAGCAACAGAAUAAAACAAAUAAAAUAUACUUAAAUUAAUAGAACUUUAUACAUAUGAAAAACUCACAUAAUUACUUCAAUAUUAACACAGACACACACACACAGACAAACAAAUGCAUGCAGAUGUACACUAAAGACGGAACAACAUUUAGAACAAAUAAAAGGCAAAUAAUUCUGCAUUGACCAAAUCAAUCACCUAGACAGAUCAUACACACGUACAGAUUAGACACUUCAAUCAAGUUAGUUCUAGAACUUGAAAAUCGUACAUUAUGUAAUCUAACGAACUUGUUUUAGUGAGUUUAGGAUGAAACAAAUACAAAACAAACACAUAUUAAUGAAAUAAAAACAACAAAAAAUAAACAAAAACUGUAGGAAACCUUCCAUUGAAAUAAAGCAAUAAUAUAUACAAAGUAUCAAUA